UUUUAUUUUUCUUCUUGCAGUUAAUUGUCUUUUCUGUUGUUAAACUAAUAUAAUAUAACAGAUUUUCAAAAACUUUUAUGUUUUUAAAAGUGAUUUAAUUUUACAAUGAAUGCUGAUCCAUUAGUAGGAGAUUCCAAAUCAACAAUAACAAAUAUGUCAGCAUCAGACAGUGCAAAAAGAAGAAGUUUACUUCAAACACCAAUGGCUGCUCCCCCAACUGGCUAUACUAGACCACCAACUUCGUCACUUUUUUCCCGAGGAAAUCUUGUAAGCAGUCGUCUGGGUGGAACGACUUCUUUAGCUCGUCCUUCAACAGCAGUUCGAGCUGUCGGUUAUACAGCCGAUUCCGAAAAACUCAUUGACCAAGCAUUUCUACAAAAAGCAAAACAACAACAAGGUUUGAGUGCAAAUGCCGUUGAUUCAGCAGCAAAAGAAGUAAACCCUCUAAUUCGCUAUCGACAUUUGGAAACUAAAAUAUCAGGCUUAUUGGAGUCUUCAAUACUUUUGAGUGCCGAAUCUAGUCCAAACUAUGCAGAAUGCUUAAACAAAGCUAAGGAAGCAUUUUCGCUGGAUAGAACCCUCCAUCGACUUCGGGAUCAAUAUGGUGAGAAUCUAUUCCACAAUCUUGAACUAACCUAUGCCGUCUUUUUCAACCUAGCUGAACAAUAUAGUAAUAACGAUAUGUACGUCGAAGCUCUUAACACCUACACAAUGAUGAUCAAAAAUAAAAUGUUUCCCCAUGUUAACCAUCUCAAACUAAACAUGGGAAAUAUUUAUUUCAAAAUGGGCAUCUAUACAAAAGCUAUAAAAAUGUAUCGCAUGGCUUUGGACUCUGUUCCAAGCAAUCAUAAACAGCUUCGAUUGAAAAUCACUCAAAAUAUUGGAAUUCUGUUUAUAAAAAUGGGCCAAUAUUCCGAUGCAGCAACAAGUUUUGAAUUUGUUAUGUCCGAUCGACCGGAUGUUAGAAGUGGAAUCCAUUUGGUAUUGUGUUAUUUUGCAAUGGGUGAUGUGGAAAAAAUACGAAAUGCUUUUAGAUCUUUGGUUGAUAUUCAAAUUGAAAAUGAAGAUGAUAUAAAAAUUCAAACUUUCAUUGAAGAAAACGAAGAGAGUAAAAGUGUUUUUGAAAUGCUUAAAACUGAUGAAUUUGCUAUAUACAAUAAAAUGAAAAGAAAUUCUGUGAAAAAAGCUAUUACAAUGGUUGUGGAUCUUAUUUCACCUGUGAUUGAAGAGAAUUACAAUGAUGGAUAUUAUUGGUGUAUUGAGAUUAUAAAAACCUCUUCAAACUUAUCAUGGUUGGCAAGUGACUUAGAACUUAAUAAGGCUUUGGUCUAUCUUCGUCAAAAUGAUGUCAAUCAAGCUAUUGAAACUUUGAGAAUGUAUGAGAAAAAGGAUGAAAAUAUGGCAGCUAAUGCAUUGACAAAUUUAAGUUUCAUCUAUUUGCAUAUUGGUGAUAUGGAUAAUGCUCGAUUGUGUACAAAUCAGUUUCUAGAAAUGGAUCGAAACAAUCCGAGUGCAUUGGUUAAUAGUGCAGUUUGUGAUAUGAAAGCUGGUGAUUUUAACAAUGCUAAACAGAAGUUGGAAAAUGCCAUUGAUGAUCAGCCAGAUAUGUUCGAAGCGAAUUAUAAUCUCGGACUUUUGGCAGGAAAGAAUAUGAGCGGAGAUGAUAUUGAUAUUGCUCAGGAGCAGUUUAUGAAAGUUAGAGAGAAAAUUCAGCAUCCUCAUGUUCAUUAUCAAUUGGCAAGGAUAAAUGAAAUAAAUAAUACAUCGCAUUCAGCUUUGGAUGUGUAUUUACAUGUUUUGGGAACUGCUGGGGAAAUGGAUUCUAGGCUGUUUGAAAAAUUCGCAGGACUUUAUGAGAAGUUUUCAGACUAUCAAGAAGCUAAUCAGUAUUACAAUGAAGCCUAUCGACUUAAUCCAAGUGACAUAGGAAUAGCUACUUCAAUUGGAUCGUACUAUGUUAAACUUCAAGCUCUUGACAAAGGACUUUAUUAUUACGAACGUUCAGUAUUAGCUGAUCCAAAUGAUCCAAAUUUAAUGCUUCGAAUUGCUUAUUGUCUAAGGCAUCUUUACAUGCCCAAGAAGUAUUUGGAAAUGUUCGAAAAGAUUUACUCUAAAUUCCCUAAAAAUAUGAUUUGUUUAAAAUCACUUGUUCAUGUGACAAAAUCACUUGGAAUGUUGGAUUUACAUGAAAAAUACAGUUCGGAAUAUGAAAGACUUGAAAAAUCAGCUAGAGAAAUGCGACAAGGAUCAGGAAGGAUUGGUACAGCAAGAGGGAAACGAAAUUCAGCUUCAAUUCGAAAUAGUGGUGAUUUGAAGAGUUCCCCAAUGCGACAUCAACAACAACAAUCACAGUCACAAGUAAGUUCGAUAAAUGGAACGGUUUAUGAGGGAUUUGUUCAGCAUGAAGAUCCACUAGGACCACCAGCUGAGAGACCACGCACUGGAAUGGUACGUCGGCGGUCUUCGGAAGAUUCUGGUGGUGAUGAAGAUGCUGAAUUGUUACUACCAAUAUAAUUUAAAUAUUGUAUUUUUAUAUUUUGUAUUAUAUCAAUAAAUUGAAUUAAAUAAAAUUAAAUAAUUAUUUAAAGAUACAAAAGUACAUUGCACCCUCUUUCAAUUCGGAGCCAAUUUGUAAUGUAUUUCCUUGUUUUAAAAUGAAAUGAAAACGGAAAGUCUAUUGACAUUGGAAAAUUUUCAUUUUUAAGUAGGUUUAUGUGUAAGAGCAGAUAUAUAAAUUUUGCGACGUAGGUACCACGUAUAUUUUUGGCACAAAUCC